AUGUCUACUCUUAACCUCCGGAAAAACGUGACUGUGGACACCGUGUACAAGGAGGUAGCGAAUCUCGACACGGAGCACUGGGAGAAUAUCAGAGGGCCUCGAGAGUUCGAAGAUAUCGCAGAAUACGAGCAAAUAAAAGCUCGCCAAAAGGAGGAAAAUAGAAGAUUGCGUGAGCAGCGCCUGAAGCAGCUUGAUGACGGAGCAGAUUCCCGAAGACCAUCUUCCGAGAGCUCCUCUAACGCUACCCUUGACGUCGGAGAUAAUCCUCCAGAACCCGAUAACGCAUCCAUUAGAGCUGAACGAGGAUCGCCAACUCCAUCGUCAGUCACUGUUGAUAAUCUUCCAAGUCUUCCCGAUCCAGUGCAUCACAGUACUGUCGCAGAUCCAUUUGGCUUGGUUGAACUUCCUGAGGUACCAAUACCUCCUCCCGCAGGAAGUCAGGAGAAUUCAUUGGAAACUGGAAUCAGUAGCAUUCCAGAACUUCCUCAUCCAACUGAUCCGCAGGCGCAACCACAGCCUUCUAGUUCGGUCAGUAUGUUAGUAUGGUGGUAA